CUUUGUACGGAAUACGAGCGAGUUUCGACGACGGCGAUUGACCUUCGCUACUCAGAGGAACGUGUCAUCCAACGUGUGCGCUCCUGAGGUGUCGGCCUUGCCCAUAUAUCGUGCACUCGAACUGGGAGAGGAGAAUGCCCAUCAAGUUGCCCCUUUUCCGGCAUCAAUAUUGGGAAUAUACUCCUGCCAUGGCGCUGAACCUGGAUGGGAAGGAGAAGAGGAUCUGGCCAAAAUUAACCAAGACAGGGCGUGCGUGGUGCAUCCUUUCAUGGGGUCGGAGACCUGUGCUCUGCUUUGCGUUUACGAUGGGCACGGCGAGCGCGGUGACAUGGUCAGCAACUACGUCAUGAACGAGAUGCCAAAUAGAUUGGCGGGCCACCCACGAUUGCACGACAACCCUGAGCUUGCCCUCCAGGAGACAUUCGAAGAAGUAGACAAAGCACUCCGUGAAGAUGCGAAGGAUAAUGAGCACGUCUACAGUGGGACGACCGCUGCGGUCGUAUUGUACAGAGAUGAUCGUGUUUGGGUAGCAAACGCUGGAGACUCCAGGGUUGUGCUAGGAACAGAGAAGAGAGCAGGCUCAGCCGACGGGAGCAGCGCGGAAGUGGAAUCUCCAGGACUGGCAAGUACCAGUAGCACUUUCAGACGAUCACAACCCGGACAAGCCCGAAGAGUUGGAGCGCAUCGAAUCAUGCGGUGGCUUCGUGAGCCCUCCUCCAGAGGAAGGACUGAGCGCCAGAGUAUGGCUCGACCAAGAGCUGACAAGGAUCGGUCUGGCAAUGUCCAGGUCAAUCGGAGACCAUGCCGUGAAGGAGGUGGGGGUCAUUGCCACACCGGAGAUAAAGGUUAGGAGUAUUUCGGAGGGCGACGCAUUCCUCGUUCUGGCUUCAGAUGGAGUGUGGGAAUUCAUGGAAAACCAACAGGCGAGUCGUUGAAAUCGUUCAAAGGGGUCUUCUGCGUGGAGGGGGGUGCGAAGCUGCCGAGGCAUGUGCUGAAGUGAUUGGAGCAGCCGCUACGUGCUGGCGUCGGUUUGAAGGCGCUUACCGUGAUGAUAUCAGCUGCAUUGUUCUACGGCUUCCAUGUUUCCAAGCCGCCACGGAUAUUGACAAGUCGGGAAGUAACAAGCUCUGACUGAUGGCGUUUUGUGCUAUUUUUUUUUUGUCGGGAGGUGUGGCGGGUUGAUUGUUUUGGUUGAACAACGGCAUCACUACGCCGCUACAGCUACCCCAAGUUUGAACUUACCUUGAACAGCUCAAGCAUAGAAAGCUUAUUUUUGACACCGGAUAUCAACAUCGGAACCUGGGAUGCAGAGGAGCGUCCUUUGACCGCAUUAGCCUCUGCUACGAGUUGGCGCACACAUGCUGGCAUGGGGCAGGGCGGAACAAAAGGGUGACGAUGGCGGGGGGAGAGGGGGAGGGCAUUGCUGCUUUCUCACUCCGGAAUGUGCAGCAGACGGUGCGCCAAAUGAUAUCGCAGUAGCAAUGGAAAGGUGUUUCCAUACAUAUGGCCCUCCCCUCACUCUCCUACACACGCGGUUAAGAGUGGAUGCAUGACUCCAACACGUAGCUCCAAGUGCACAUGGAGUCUCUUCGUGCAUGAUUAAUUGUACCCAUUGCUUUCUCUAUCGUAUGUAUGCAGAGGCCGGAGAUCGAAAUCUGGGGCCGCGGGCGAAGCGGGGGGGGGUAGUUUUAAGGAAGGGCGGGGACACGUAGUAGCGAUUCCCCGGUUUUCCAGCUGUGGUGUUUUCCCUGAGGCGUGGACAUAUUCCAGAGGUCCCUGGGUUAUUUGCGGAAGGUUUUGUUUCGCCGAUUCUUCUGGUUACCGUUACGGUCUCUAGAGAUCUUAAACGGUAAUAAAGAAGUGUCUGUCAGGAAAAAUAGAUACACAGAAAGACUACCCGUUCGAGAUAUAACCACAUUCGAACGGGAUGUAUUGUGGAAUCCUUGCAGUGAGUUGAGGGGAACCAGCUGGGUGCUGGGCUUAUUUCGAGUCUGUUUUUAGCCUAGACACUGAUGAUUUAUAUCAGUGAGACCAUCGGCCGUCCUGCACAACGUCAGACGCCGUACAAUUAAGCAAGUUUCAGCUUUCGAUUGGCGCCU